AGCCAGACAGCUCCUCCAAAAAAUUUUCAAAUUUUUAUUUAGUAGAUUGAAAUUAACUAGUUUUCGGAAACUUUAAAAUCUUCCUGACGUGGGUGGAUGUGAGGAACAAAAAGAAAAGAGUGACAACGCCCACCCCACAAUUUACGAUUAAGUUCGAGAUUUUCUAGUCCAAUCUGCUAAAGAUCGUGUCGCCAAAAAACGUCAUCCUCCCUGUCGCCACUACCUCAUAGAUUAUUAUUUUAAUCAUUUACGAUGGGAUCGGAAGAUAAAAAGAAACGAUCUCGUUCCCGAUCGCGCGACAGGUCAGAUCGCGACCGUUCUGAGCGGAAACGUCGUUCCCGUUCCCGAGAGAGAAAACGAAAGAGCAAGUCUCGUUCAAGGUCACGCUCCAAGGAGCCAUCGGGACCGAGAGUGUCGCGACGGAGGAAGGUCUCUGUCUGGUGGGAUUAUCCUCCCACCGGCUUCGAACAUAUCACCCCAAUGCAGUACAAAGCCAUGCAAGCUGCUGGUCAGAUUCCAGCUAAUCUGAUAUUGGAGACGCCCCAGGCUGCGGUGCCGGCCGUGGGUGCGACCGUCACGAGACAGGUAGUCCGACAUGCGAGACGACUCUACGUGGGGAAUAUCCCCUUUGGAAUCAGCGAGGAUGAGAUGAUGGAGUUCUUUAAUCAGCAAAUGCAUCUCUCAGGUCUCGCUCAAGCCCCAGGAAACCCCAUCCUCGCCUGCCAAGUCAAUCUAGAUAAAAAUUUUGCAUUCCUGGAGUUUCGCUCAAUUGACGAGACGACACAGGCCAUGGCUUUUGACGGGAUUAAUUUUAGAGGCCAGAGUUUAAAGAUACGUAGGCCACAUGAUUAUCAACCCACGCCGGGGGUAGAUCCAGUCGCUCCGAUUGGUGCGGGGGGUGCUCCUGCUGCGGCGGGGGUGAGCACCAUCGUUCCAGACAGUCCGCAUAAAAUAUUUAUCGGUGGGCUUCCUAACUAUUUGAAUGAAGACCAGGUGAAAGAAUUGUUGAGCUCGUUUGGGAAACUGAGAGCCUUCAACUUGGUGAAGGACUCCGCUACAGGGUUGUCGAAGGGAUACGCGUUCUGUGAAUAUGCCGACAUCACGAUCACGGACCAUGCUAUUGCUGGACUGAACGGGAUGACGCUUGGCGAUAAGAAACUGAUUGUGCAGCGGGCCUCGAUUGGGGCGAAGAACACAGCUGUGGCUGGAGCAUUGGGCGCGGUGGCAAUCCAGGUGCCUGGGCUGAAUGCGGGUUUGAUGAGCAUGGGCGGAGCGGGACCUCCCUCCGAAGUCCUCUGUCUUAUGAACAUGGUGACGCCGGACGAGCUCAAGGACGAAGAAGAAUACGAGGACAUUCUCGAAGACAUCAAGGAAGAAUGUGGAAAAUAUGGGAUCGUCCGAUCUCUGGAGAUACCUCGCCCUAUCGAGGGGGUGGACGUGCCGGGAUGUGGGAAGGUAUUCGUAGAGUUCAACUCUCCUGCAGACUGUCAAAAGGCGCAGCAAGCUUUGGCUGGACGGAGGUUCAGCAAUCGUGUCGUCGUCACCUCCUACUUUGACCCCGAUCAGUACCAUCGGAGAGAGUUUUAAAUUUAGUUUAUGGUUAAUAUUAUUUAUUGUUAAGUGUUUUUAGAUGGCUGAUUAGAGUUAUUACUAUUCACAGGAAUAGGUUUCCUUACUAAUUUUCCUAUGUCCAUAAUGUAUUUUCAUUCUUCUUGUUCAACAACAAACUUUGUAAAAGAAUCACACUUUCCUCCAAGUGCUCCAAGAACAGAAUGUCCGAAUUUUGAUUACUCAUUUCUUGCUAAUUAUUAUUGAUAUACAUGUUGUGAGUAAGAAUAUUUGAUUGAGUGGAUAUUGAUUAUUUUGAUUAGAUUGGAGUCGUAUUUUAUAUUUUACGAAUAAUUUUUUCCCAUGUUUCUGUUAUUGUAUUGUUAAGUAUUUAGUUAGGUAAGUUACAAUUACGAGUAUUAUUAAGAUGAAUCAUAUUAGCAUAACAAUUAUGCUUUAUUUGUCCCGCUGAGAAAACGAGUGGAGUCAAAGUUGAAUAGAUAAUUAUCAGAAUUUUGUAGAAUUGACAAAGCAUAUGGGAUUAAAAGAUUCGACUUGUUGUGAAAGAAUGCCAACAAA